UGAGCUGAGGCGCGGCAAGUGUUUGCCGCCGCUCAGUCUACGCGGCGGAACGCCAGAGUGCGCCAGCGCUGUCCGCUCCCCGCCGUUACGACUACGCACCUGCGCAGGUGCGCGUGUGUGUGUUGUGUGCGCGCGCGCGCUCCGAGCGUCGUGUGCUGCCGCCGUUGGCCGUCUGUUGGCGCCGCUCCGCUGUUGCUGCCGUUGCCUCCUCUGUGCGCGCGGGCUUUUGCUCGAUGAGGGAGUAGUGUCGUGGCGGUGAAAGGAACAACGCCCCCCUACGUUUCCAUUUUUUUUUUUUCCUUCGGGGUGCCACUGCUAACUUCGUCGAAGCAGAAGAAAAAAGAGGAAAACCCGACGUGUGACUGGAGUUCCCGAAAUUUUCGCCGCCCCUAUACCCGGAAUUCGGCGCGAUUCAUCGUCCCGCGCUCUUUUGCUUCUCGGAAAAAAAAAAGAAACGAAUGCCCUCGUGCCCCGUGACCUAACCUGUGCCGGUCGUCGGAUGCUGCGUCUCUGCCGAAACCGCCGCAACAACGACAACAACUCUGGUUCCGUGAUUGCUGCAUCGUCAUACGUCACGUCGAUUUAGUUUCUUGCUUGUUUGCUUACAUUAAGUUCGCGAGAAACCCCGGCAAGCGGGAAGAGAAGCAGCAAGAGCAAGAACGUGUUCGCUGUUUACGUUUUCCGGCGGGGUGCGUCCAUCGUCGUGGGAGAUCCUCGGAAGAUGCCGUGAGUGUCGUCGCGGUGUGACCGUUCUUCUUGUUCCCGCUGUACGUCUCUCUCGAUUUUUUUUUUUUUAAAUUUCUGCCUCAGCCGUCGCCUCGAAGAAUCAUCUUGCGACCCAACCGGAGUGACGCUUCCUUCAAUAGCCGUCGUUAUUCAAUUUUUUUUUCCGCUUUCUUUUUCUUCGACUACUGCGUGUCGGAAAAGCGGCGCGUUGUUUGGUGCCAGGGGUGUGAACACAGCCCGUGUCUCCCAUACUUAGUCGUCGACCCACUCUCGGAGGUCCCGGAAAGGAAAAUAGGAUACCGUGUCGCCCCCACGUCCGAGUGACAACCGAACGCCACGGAAUUCUACGCACACGGAGGAAAAAAAGAGGUAUCCCCAGUCGAAGGAAGGAAGGAAGGAAGGAGCUGGUCUUUCGGAGCUGACGGGGGGCGAAGUGCCGCGGCGAUCCUCGCCGUUGCUGCCGCUGCUGGCACCCUGAAGGAGCAGAGUGAGUCCACCAGCCUCCUCUUCUACGGGGGGACGACGCUCGCAACUUCGCAGCUGCUUCCGUCCGGCGGAGCUCCUGCCACCCAGUAACGACCUCGGCUCGUGUCCGUGGGCCCGCUUUUGAAGACCGGCGUCGAAACGGCCACGACUGCGCGCCAUGGUGGCGAGCUGAGACUUGUGCUGGUGUUGCGACAGGUGUGCGUCGUGAACGAAGCGAGCAGAAAGUGCGCGCCCUGUUUUUAGUGUUGUGUGUCCCGAGGAGCUGCGAAAGAGAGCCAUGAGAUUGUGCACCGCGGCCGGAACUGUGGUCCUGGUGGCCUGCCUGGUCUUCGACGCGGCACCGUCGCCGUUCCUCGCCUGGGCCUCCCGCGUCGAACUCAAGGAGAACGGCUACACGGGAAUCGUGGUGGCCCUGUCGGCCAGGCUUCAAGGGAACGUCGCCGGCCGUCAGCUCAUCCCGCCGCUUGAGGCCCUUCUCCGGAACGCGUCCAUCAGCCUGUUCCAGUCGACGCGGAACCGGGCCUUCCUGGAGGAAGUGAUCGUGCUCGUGCCGAAGUCGUGGGGUCCCAAGGAGACGUGGGCGCGGGCCCCGACGCCCGUGGUGACCCGCGCGGGCUGGCAGCUGCACCGGGACGCCGACCUGCGGCUCGAGCCCCAGGGCGGGCCCUUCGGCGACAACCCGUUCACCGUGCAGCACGCCGGUUGCGGGCAGGGCGCCAAGCGACUCGCCAUCAGCGCGGGCUUCCUGGCGCUGCUCGAAGAAGGUGGUCCCGCGGCCAGCAAGUACGGACCUCCCGACCGGGUGUUCGUGCGGGAGUGGGCUCACUACCGGUACGGCGUGUUCACCGAGACCGGCUACCCGGGUGACCCCCUGUACCCCGCCUACCGGGCGCGCUCCGGGAGCCACGACCCAGCCGACGUGGCGCUUACAAGCUGCACCAACCAACCGCUCGAACUGGACUGGAGGACUGCGUCGGGCCAGAGCUGCGUUCCACGCGUGGACCCCCUGACUGGACGGCCAAGGGAGGACGACUGCCACGCUCUGCCCAACAGGACUCAGGAGAACGUCUUCUCCUCCAUCAUGGCGCUGCAGUCUUUGCCAAACGUGAACCAGUUCUGCGACGAAGACGAGCACCUGCACAAUGACCGGGCGCCGACCAAGCAGAACGCCCUGUGCGACUACCGAAGCACCUGGGACGUCAUCGCCAACCACCGGGACUUCUACCGCAGAAACCAGGCUGGCGAGCGACUCCUAGGCAGGACGCGGUUCCACUACGUCCAGGAGGCACCUCUGCGCGUGGUCAUGGUCGUGCAGGUCACCGCCGCCAGCGGAAUCAGGGACCGGCGGGCGUUCGUGAUCCGGGCGCUGGACAAGUUUGCCCGCGUGGACGCUCCCGAGGACAGCCGGCUGGGCCUGGUGGCCUUCGGCCAGGUCGAGCCGUCCGUCCGGUUUCCGCUGACCACCAUGAACAGCUCCAACACGCGCGCCAAACUGGUGCAGAGACUGCCGGCUCCAAACUCCAAGUUCAAUUCGUCGCUCGAGGACGGACUGUCCAGGGCGUUGCAGAUGCUGAGCGAGGACCGCGAGUUUCCUUACCCGAGCUCCAACGGUUCUGCCGCCGCCGGCGGGGUGAUCCUGUUGCUUAGCAACGGAGACAUGGAGGCUGACGUCGCAGAACGUUUCCAGGAGUCUCUGAGGUCGUCCCAGGUUCGCCUGCAGAGCCUGGUGUACCCCAGUUCGGCGACUCCGAGCGCGCACCUGGACUCCCUGGUUGAGAACACGGGCGGGCGCACGUGGCACGUGCACGAGUCCACCGUGGGCGACGAGCAGCGAGGCAGCGUGGCCACCCAGGCCGAACUGUACGAGGCAUUCUACUCCCUGCUGCUGCGCGGCUACUCCUGGGACGAGACCGACAACUACGUCAUGAUCGACAAGCGGGAGUUCGGCGAAGCCGAGCAGGCAGCCGGUCCGCUGCUGCUGAACUUCGACAUCGACCACAGCCUGGCCCGCCAGCUCCUCGUCGUGGUCGUCGGCUACGACUUCGGCAAAACCUCGCUGCCUUCCAUCCCCCAGGAGGGACUGGAGCUGAUCGCGCCCCCGGGUUCGCCGCAGGCCAGCUACCGGUACAACGACAACGCCUUCAACUUCGACUACGAGUUCUGGAGCUACACCUUCACGAUCAGUGACCCGCCGGUUGGCAUGUGGGAGCUCCGGGCCGAGCCGACCACGAAGACGGACCAGCCGGUCAUAGGUCUGGUGUACGCCAGGCCGGCCGCCAAGGAGACGCCCAUCCUGCUCGACGUCUGGAUCAGCGGACACUCGUCGGCGGUGAAUGGUUCCGACAGAUUCAUCGUUUACGCCGAGCUGAAGAAGGGAUCUCACCCGGUGGCCAAGGCCAUGGUGACCGCCCUGAUCCGCCACCCGGACACGGACAGCAUUACUCGGCUGCAUCUCAUCGACAACGGAGCCGGAGAUCCGGACAUCACGCAGAACGACGGCGUGUACAGCCGCUACUUCACCGACUUCACGAGCACCGGCCGCUACGACCUCACCGUGGUGGCCAACGACAACGACGUCUCGGCUGUCGUCGUCGGUGCCUCCAACGCCGAGUUCGAGAGCAGGUUCCCCGAAGGCGCAGAAUACCCAUCCUGUUGCGGCAGCCGCGUAUCGGACAGCUACUCCCAAAAGACGAGCCGCUUCACGCGCAUCAACCACUACGGCUCGUUCUUCGUGACGGUGCCCAAGCCGGACCGAGACGUGCUGCCCCCCAGCCGAAUCACCGACCUCCGCGUGGUGGCCACCGAUAACCGCAGGAUGGCCGUGACGUUCAACUGGACAGCGCCGGGCGAUGACUUCGACGAGGGACAAGCGAGUCGCUACGAGCUGAAGAGCUUCAAGGACAGGCUGAACGCUCAGCGCCGCUUCGCGAGUCACGGUCAGCUGGUUGGCCAGUGGGACGUUGACGGACCCUACUACGAGCCACCCAAGCCGUUCGGGACCACGCAGACGGCCACCGUGCGGCUCAAGAACGGCCAGCCGACGUCGACGCCGCUCUACUUCGCCAUCCGCGCCGUCGACGACCAAGGGAACGCGGGUCCCGUCUCCAACGUGGUCGAGGUGGUCAUCAUCCCGCCACCGACCACCACGUCCACCUCGACGCAGCCCUCGUCCUCCUGGGGCAGCGGCGCCGGCACCGCUGGAGGCGCCGGAGCCCACGGCCAACCCAGCGGCUCGCGUAGCACCAGGGACAAACUCAACGCCGCCCAACUGGCGCUCAUCAUCGCGGUUCCUCUGGCCGUGCUGCUCGUCGGCAUCAUCGUCAUCAUCCUGCUAAUGGCGCGGCGGCGCAAGGCGCCGCCUCCCAAAAAGUCCACAGACAACGGCAGCGCGCCCCAGCCUCCUCCGCUGCCGGCCAAGAUCGCGCGCGACGACCUCACCACGACGACGGUGCCGGCUCAGCAGACGACGCCCAUCAUGGACGACGACGUGAAGCAGACGACGCCCACGUCGGGCCGUCUGGACGCGACGGCCAUCAGCCCCGUCAACUCGUGGCCGGCCAGCGUGCUGCUGGACCACUACAACAAGGUGCAGCAGGCCAAGCAGAGGCACGAGCCGCCGCCCAUCAUGAUGGUCGAGGACGGAGUCUCGCUCAACUCGUCGACGCCGUCGCUCUACUCCAAGAGCGACUACGGGGGCGUGCCGGCCCCCACGAGGCUGGCCAAGCAUCGUCCGGGACAAGACGGAGUCGCACCGCCGCUGCCGCCGCAAGUGCCCAGCUACAACGCGGUCUACACUUCGUCGCAGCACUCGCUCGACAAGACCGGAGGCGUGACGCGCAACAUCACCCAGGUCUAGCGUGCCACUGCUUCGCGUCGGAUAUGGCAGCCAAGGCUCCUGACGUGAGCGAUUAGUGCGCUGACGUCGGAAGGAAGAAGACAAGAAGGGCGUGACAGAGCAGCAGACUGGGGGCCCUUCUUCGGAAGCACUGCUAGCCGGACGCAUCGUGUGCGCCGAGGGGGAUGAAUCUCAAGAUAGUUAUCACAAACGUGAGAGCGUGCAAGUGCUUCGUGGGAUACGUCUCGCGCACAUUUCACGAGGCUUUUAGCUCUCACGUCGUGCAACUGCUGUGUACAUACAGCGAGCACCAUUCUUGAAUGGACUGCGAGCCAUCACGCAUGGCAACGUGCCCCAGUGCAUACGAUCUGCGCUCCCACGCCUCUUGCUGAGUGCCCCGCAAAAACAACUGUCUUUCUCCGAACUUCGUACGCUCUUCAUCGCGAAGAAUGGACGUGAGAAGUGCGAUUUGGAGAACCUUUCGUUCUUGUUUUUAUAUUUUCAUUUCAUUUCACCCCGCAACGGAUAGCAGUGCGAUUACAGUCUGUGCGUCUAUCACGCGCUUCCCUUUAUCCCGACCGCGUGAAAAAACCCUGCGCUCUCUCGGGCAACCGAGAGAAAAAGCUUACUGCGAGACGGACGGUCAGUGUGAUAAUUUUUGUUUCGGUCGCCGUUGUUUUACCGCUGUUUGUUUUGUUUUACCGAAGUGUCUCUAGUGUGUCCAUGUCGUGCGUGCGUUUGGUUGUGCCUGGACCCGACGGAUGGACACGAUCAAAAAAAAGAAAAGGAAAGAACCGAAACGGUGCGUGAGCUUGCGCGCGCGUGUGUUUGUGCGUGUGUGCGUGCGUGCACGUAAAGUGAGGGAAUACAGUCCUAUUCCCGUGACGGGGAGCGACCAGCGAUUUGGCCCGCCCGGUUCGGGAGCGGGGAUUCGGGCCAGAUUGGACUCCUUCUACACGAACCAAUCGGCGAUCUGCUUUUUCGCGAACACCACCGGGUCAUUGUUUUAGGAAUUCGCUAGUCACACGUAGCCUUUGCUAACGCGGCUAGUCAAAUUAGAGCGUACCGUACGAGACAGAGACAGUUCUAUCUAGAGUCGCUUACACCUCCCCAUAAAACGGUGUCCGAUUCCUGCCUCCUAUAAAACUACGUAUAGACCACACCUACGCUGCGUGGAGUUCGAACUGAUUUAUCCUCCGCAUAUAGACUAACGCUCUUUGGUCCGCGGAGUCCCUCCCUUGCGCACUCUAAAAACCUUUUUCUGGACGCUUCGAGACACGAAUGAAUUGCUCUAGUCAGCAGCCGCAGUAGCCGAGUUUGAUAAGCUUCGCACUGUCUUACGCUCCCGUUCGUGGUCACAGCUGGCAUUAACCGUUGUAGCGCAGUUUGCCUCACACCCAUUACGUGUUCUCUUUUUUUAUUGUUUAAUGGUCUUCGCUGCACGAUACAACCACUCACACUAGGUUUUACCGUUUCCUUUCAUACCUUCCUUUUUUUUCUCUCUCUCUCACACAUCACCAGACGUCGAGAAGAGCGGUUGCACUGUGCCGUCCCAUUUUUUAAAACCUCAUCGAGAAAUGACACAGGCGUUUAGAGGAGGCGUUCAGCGGUGUGUCGUAUACCAGUCUGUAGGAGUCUGCGAGAACGUUUGCCUGCACCGCUGUACAUUUGUAUACCACGCAGUGUGUUCCUUGCUUUCUACGGCCUUUCUUCUUUCCGUUUUCGUUUUUUUUUCUGAGCACAGAAAAACAAAGAAAUCGAGUCGCCUCCUCCUACCAAACAAAACAACCCUGCACACCAUACCCGUUCUCUAUCCACCGACUUGUACAUUUGUAUGUAAAAAAAACGAGUUUCCCUGAAUCUCAGAUUCGUUCGAUCAUCAUUACGCCUUUCUUCUGUCCUUUUUUUUUCGACAUCAAAACUUAACGAGGCAGGAGUUUCCUUGUCUCGUCACAGUUUCUACGAGUAUCGAUCGCACACUUUUUGAUGACUCACCGCCACAUCUCUCGCUUCAUCCGAGAGAAAAAAAAAACAAGUGUUGUUCAUUCACUUCAGUUUCAUUUUCUGUGCGCGAUACUCCGCAAGUCUUUCGGCCUUCACUCACACAAUGACGGCACCAUAAGCUCGGCAAAUGAAACAGGCGUGGCGCAUUUUCAUCCACGGGCAUCUCUUUCGCAAGUCGAACGAAUUUCCCAAGAGCCCCUCACCAAAGAGCAAUCACGCGAGACCAUGACGACGGGCAUAUACUGUAGCUUCUGCCUGGAACAACAUACAUACUCUCCGCGCUGUCUUACUUUUUUUUUUUCAUUUUGUACAAAGUGUUGAUGAAAGCGCGAAAAGUUUUAUGACGCCCAUGUGUCUGGUGUGCAAUAUUUCGUGUCUCUGCAUUUCAUUGUUUUCGUUUUUCGUUCCGUCUUUUUUUUUUCUUUUUUCGUCAACGUGGUUGCCUUCUAGAACAACAUCGCCCGACGUUAUCCCGGGUUGUCUUGCCUGCUUACCGCGACUCCCGUGAAAAUCGUGGCAUUUUUUUUAAAGAGUUGCUUCGUGCGAUCAUCGUUUUUAUUCUGUCUUUUUUCUGUUCGUGUAUGUGUGCGCAUGCGUGUGAGUGUGUGCAAUACGUUCUGCACUGCUCGCGAGCCUCUCAGGACCUUAAUCUCUGUGACGUCAUACAAAGAUGUAUAAAAGUAACGACGCGAGAGAGUAAUCCGACCUUCUGCUUGCAUAACCCAUACCAAAGAUGCAGCCCCCGUGAACGAAGUUCGGCGAAUGACUUGCAAAUUGCAAGUUGUUGAAGUAGCCUUCGAGAAGAACUGUCUUUCGUUCGUCAAAGGUUGCGCCAAUCCGGGCACGAACGUGAGAUUCCCGCAAACUUAACGCCUGCUCGCCCUUCAAAGCCAUUGGUUGGCUUCGUCAACGCUUUUUACAUGUCGAGCUGUCUGCAGAACCCCGCGUGAACCUAAAAGCUGAUUUCGGUAAAAAGAAAAAGAAACAAAUUCGAGAGCACUUCAAGAAGGUAUGUCGGGUGAUGUGAUCUUAGUGGGCGAACGAUACGUACAACACCAUCUUUGGCUAGAAAUUGGAAUGUGCAUAAUUAAAUCCUGGUGUUGCCAUGAUGGAGCUUACAUCGGGGGUCUUGGCAGCAGAUAUCCAUUGAAUUAGUACGUUACAAUGAGCCAGCGGCUGAGUCUUAAGUCUAAAACGCCUCCCAGGCAUGUUCAUAACGAGAUGUUACGUCAUCUAGAAAGGCCGAACGACUGCCCAUAUGUACAAAGGGGGACGUAGGCAACGGUUGGAGCGUGCGUUGGGCUCUGCGAAGCCUAAUUUGCAAUACGAGCGUUGACCUUCCUAAAUGGCGUGACGUCACGUGGUGCGCUGACUGGUAAAUUAUCUAGGCGAAGUCGCGAAUUCGACUGCCCGCCUUGCCUGCCACAUUCUUAUGGGGGCGGAAUGUAAAAAAAAAAGAAAUACGCUCACGUGCUGAGAACAGUCUGCUUGCUAAAGAACCCCGCACAGUCUAAAUUAAUCCAGAUUCCUCCACUAUGGCGUCUCUUGCAUUGUCUGUGUUGCUGUGGGAUAUUAACAAUAAAAUUCAAACAGCGGCUAUAGACUACAGGACCAGAAAGAGGAGGAGACAAACACGGCGCUGAACUUACAACUGAUUUAUUCGAAGUAAGAAGUCAACUUAUACGUACAGAAACUGGGCACGCAUGCACCCGGUCAUACAUCGAAGAUCAGAUACAAAUUCCGGACAGCCAACAUACGCACGCGAUGUACCUGCCUUGCAAUCUACCCUUCAUGCAGCAAUUCCAUUUCUUUAGCUUUAGCAUUCCAUGUCAUCAGAAAAUCUAAUAGUUGCGUUAGCAAAACAUCUCUCAUCUUGUCAGCUAAUGAAAUGGCAUUGCUGCAUAAAGGGUAGAUUGCAAGGCAGGUACUUAGAGUGCGUAUGUUGGCUGUCCGGAAUUUGUAUCUGAUCUUCGAUGUGUGACCGGGUGCAUGCGUGCCCAGUUUCUGUACGUAUAAGUUGACUUCUUACUUCGAAUAAAUCAGUUGUAAGUUCAGCGUCGUGUUCGUCUCCUCCUCUUUCUGGUCCUGUGGUCUAGCGCUGGUUGAAUUUUAUUGUUACCAUGGAACACCAACUCGCCCAAUCCGCUGCCCUUGAGAUAUUAAAACUCAAUGAUCAAUGAAUCACAUUAUGCGUGAAGUGUCUAUUACAAUCAUCCUUAUCAGUAAUAUGUUCUCAUCAAACUGGAUCGAAUCGGAGAACAGUAAAAACGCGCGUAAAACAAGGGGCGAGAAAAUAACGUCGAUACCUUUUGAGUGUGAGCGCUUCCGCUGAACUUCGUUCACAGGGAUUGUAUGAGCCAAUGCUAUCGCAUUAACAGAAGUGGCGUCUAUGUCGCAAGCUGCAUUGAUCGUAUACGUAAAGUCGUUGUGCAUGCAUUCACAUUAUGAAUCGGUGUCCAACCUUCCCAAGCUUUACACUUCGUGUAGUUCGUGGGUUGGAUCGCGCGAAAGAUGGGCGAAACGAAAGUUGAUACCCUGUGUACAUCAGCCAGUAUGCGUCAACAAGACGAGAGUUCAAACGAGGAAGGCAAGUUAAAGCUGCUGCCGCCGCGCCGCAGCGGCAGUUUUUGACAGAAACACAGAGCUCGAGUGUCAAAACGAGGGUGAGAAGGCACGCUUUGUACAUAAAAGCGAACUUGCAUGUCCCAAAUGUGUGUAUGUGUGUGCGUGUGAAAAGAGAAGAAGAAGAAAAAAAAGUUGCUGGAGCCGCGAGAAAAUUACGGCCACGGCGACUCGUUUUACGUAUACUUCACGCAUACAACAUCACGCGUGCACUGCUGUACACACACUUUUACAGAAAAAUAAUAAAAAAAGAUAUGUUUAUUUAUGAUGAA